AUGACGUGCUCCGUCGCCAUGGCGGACUCUGACGUGCCACCCACCAGCUGUGCCCGUGUGGGCAGCUCUUCCAUGGGGCGCAGGCCGGCCCCUGGGCGGCGUGGCUGGCCACUUCUUCUGGCGCCGUUGCUGGUGCUGCAGGGCUGCGAUAUGGUGGGGCAGAUCGAAUCCACUGUGGAGGCAGCUACCACGGGGGCCGGUAUGCAGGCAGCCUCCUCCGCAAGCAGCGCGCCGAGCGGCGUUCCGAGUGCCGCAAGCAACGCACCGGAGGCCUCGGUUUCCAAGACGAGUCUGAGACUGAGCGAGCAGGGGAUCCCGCUCUCCGUGGGCAGCUGGUUUGGUGGUCCACGCCUGGUCGUGGAGGUCGCCCCCGCCGGAAGCGGCGGAUGGCUGCCGAAGCAGAGGCUGGUUUUAGAUUCUGGAUCAUCCACUUUGGCCUUUUGUGAUAGCCAGUUCAGCCAGCAAGCACAGUACCAAUCCUCAGAUUUUAUCUCGUGCAACCUCUACAAUCCUGGUGGCGACUUCACAGGUUACUGGGGGCCCUUCGUGAAAGGUGCCGUGAAGGUGGGCAACUUCACGAUCCCCAAGGCAGCUUAUAGCAUCAUGCAGCAGGAGAAAAGCAUGCCAUGCACCGAUGGCCUCGACGGCAUCUUCGGCAUCGCCUUCAGGCAGCUGGAUCGGGCCUUCCGUGCCUCCGACGAGUAUGAGAUGGAGCUCUCUCCCGAGGGAAAGUUCACUUGUCCGAACCAGCCUGCCGGUGUCGUCCCGCCCCCCCUGGUGCAACACUUGAGGAGCACGGAGUCUGCGAAGAUUGGUCUCUAUUGGUCUGGACAGCAAGGAGAGGCGCAAGGGCGCCUCUAUCUCGGCCAAUCGGCGGUGGAGAACGAACACUACGCACUGGCGGAUCCUCUGCCCGCGGCCCACCUAGGUGAAUUGGGUUGGUAUGACAUUUCGGUCCAGUCGAUCACAGUGGGAGAGCAAGAACUGGAAGGCUUGAAUUGCGACCCCGUGCACGGCGAGACGUGCAUCUUGGACACCGGAACCCCUGCCAUCGUCUUGCCACCAGAGGCCUAUGAGCUCCUGGAAAGCUCCUCUGGCAGUCUCAGCUUCCAACUGGCAGGCCCUAAUGGUCCAACGACGUUGAGCUUCGACUUGCAACAGCUGAGCAACAUGGGCGCCAUCAGCAAGGGCAACAAAGGCGAUGGUCUGAUCUUGGGCCUUCCACUUUGGGCUUUCUACUACACCGUCUUUGACCUGGACGCCCACCAGGUGAUCUUCGUGCCUGCCUAUCCACCGCCCAGUGACCCGGAGGUCUAUCCCACUGAAGGCCCCGUCUGGCAGCCAGAGCCCAUUCAGCCAACUGAGCCUGUGAUUCCCUUCCCAGGUGGCGGCCCUUGGCGCCCCAUUCCAGGCGGUGCAGGCGACAUUGUGGGAGGUCCUUUCGGCUGGCCCAUGGGGAUCUUCAAGGAGAAUGUGACGGAGCCAGUGCAGAAGGGGCGGGUGGAGGAGAGCAAGGCCGGUGGUCACCGGAUGCUGCGGGGCACGGUGCACAUUUGA